UUAAUGGUAAAGAGAAAAAAAAUGGUAAAGUUAGGUUUAUGGUUUAUUUAUUUAUGCGUAAAAAUCAAAUUGAUACCUAGAUGAAAUGCAAUGACGAAAUUAUAUAAAAUAUUUUCAUUUAAAAAUACUUUCAUCAGAAUUUAGUGUCAAAGAAAAAGAAUUAAAAAUGGAAAAUUUCUGGAAACAGCAUUGUAAGUUGUGCCUCAGUGUUGUAAGAGAUGAACAUUUUGAACUGAUAGAAGACGUUACAAUAAAUAUGUUGGACGUUCUUCUACUGAAACUGAAUUAUGAUAACAAACAUAUAAUGUGUAAAGAUUGUUCACUAAAGACACUGGAGGCAUUUAAAUUUAAGUUGAUGUGCCUCUAUACCGAUACUACCAUAAUUCCUUAUGUUAAUGUUGAAACAGGAUUUUCAGUUGACUUAAGAGAGAUUUAUGCAAAAGAAAAAGAAAAUAAACAAUUAGAAAACUUGCAAUUAAACGACCUAUUACACGAACAUAAAGUUUGUAGGUUAUGUAUGCAGCUAAUAGAGGGUGAAUUUAUAUUGAUACAUGGAGUAGAAGCUGAUAUGAUAGAGAUAUAUAUUCCAGAAGUAAAACUCAAUAUUGUCAAAGAUCCUGUCAUGUGCAAGCAAUGUUUUGUAUCCCUUGGCACCCACAGCAAUUUUUUAAAGAACUGCUUGGAAGUACAGAAAAAAAUGAAGGAUGUUAAUAAUGAAGGAGUACCUGGCUAUGUGUUCUGGGGGCCAUCAUUAGAUUCCUGCAUUAAAACUGAAGCAGUCGUUAUAAAAUCUGAAGAAAGUGAACAAGAAAAAGAGUUGUUUAAAAUUGACUCUACUGCAAUAAAACUAGAAGAUAAAGAAAUAUCAAUUAAAACUGAGAUUAACGACAUAAAAUCAGAAGAUGAAGAUGGAGAUAAUAACUUGUCUCUGGACACUUCAUUCCAUGGAUUGGGUCAGGAGGACAUUUCUGCAACAAACGAAUACAACUGUGCUCCAGAAAUAAGUUUAAUAAAACCAAAUAAGGAAGCUGUGUAUAAAAAUCAAUUUGAAACACAGACGUCCAAGUGUGACAUUUGUGGACGUGCAUAUGAUAAAUGUGAUUGCGAAACUAAACUUGACGAGAAUAUAAGAAAACAUCAGGUUAUACUUGAAGACUCUUCAGAAUUGCAGUUGUACAAAUGUGCCAUGUGUGAAUAUCAGAGCAAAAACAAGAAGAAUUUUACACGCCACCAGUUAGUGCACAAGGAUUCCUCAGAAGUACGUUUGUACAACUGUGAUCUGUGUGAUUUUACAUCCAAAUACAAGAACACUCUUAACCGCCAUCAGUUGAAACACGCAAACCACUCAGAAGUGGAAAUGUACAAGUGUGAUUUAUGUGAUUUUACCACCAAAUAUAAGAACAAUCUGAAGCACCAUCGUUUGAUACACACGGAUCCCUCAACAGUGCAAACAUACAAGUGUAGUUUUUGUGAAUUUACAUCAAAAUUUAAGUACAAAGUAAAGAAUCAUCAGUUGAAACAUGCUGACCCUUCGCAAGUGCGAAUGUACACAUGUGAGUUGUGUGACUUUACAACCAAAUAUAAGAACACUCUUAAUCGCCAUCAGUUGAAACACGCAAACCACUCAGAAGUGGAAAUCUACAAGUGUGAUUUAUGUGAUUUUAACACUAAAUAUAAGAACAAUCUGAAGCACCACCGCUUGAUACACACAAAUCCCUCAAUAGUGCAAAUAUACAAGUGUGAUUUUUGUGAAUUUACAUCUAAAUUUAAUUACAAAGUAAAGAACCAUCAGUUAAAACAUACUGACUCUUCGCAAGUGCAAAUGUAUACUUAUGAUUUAUGUGACUUCACAACCAAAUACAAUAGGACUUUUAACCUUCACCAAUUAAAACAUUUGGACCCUUUGCAAAUACGAUUGUACACAUGUGAGUUGUGUGAUUUUAAGUCCAAGUAUAAAGACAGUCUUAGGACCCAUAAGAUAAAUCACAUGGACCCUUCAGAAGUUCAGUUGUACAAGUGUGAUUUGUGUGAUUUUGAGACUAAAUAUAAGAACAGUCUUAAGAACCACUACUUCAUACAUGCUGACCCCUUAAAAGUACCAGUGUACAAGUGUGAUUUGUGUGAUUUUACGACCAAAAUUAAUCAGAUUUAAGAUCCAUCAGUUGAAACAUGCCAGCCCUUCACAAGUGCAGAUGUAUAAGUGUGAUUUGUGUCAUUUUAUGACCAAGUACAAGAAAACUAUUAACCUUCAUAAGUUGAAACAUGCAGAUUCUUCACAGGUACAGAUGUACACGUGUGAUUUGUGUGAUUUUGAGACUAAGUAUAAAAAGAGUAUUAAGAUCCAUAAGGCAAAUCAUGCAGGCCCUUCAAAUAUACAAAUAUACAAACGUAGUUCGUGUGAUUUUAUGUCCAAAUUUAAAAACAAGCUUAAGUUUUACCAAUUAGAACACACAGAUCCUUCAAAAUAUAAUAUGUACAUGUGUGAUUCAUGUAAUUUUAUGACCAGUUUUAAAUGCAGACUAAAAUUCACCAGUUGAAACAUGCCAAUCCUUCAGAAGUUCCAAUGUAUGAGUAUAAUUUAUGCAAUUUUAAAUCAAAAUAUACAUAUAAUCUAAA